GCUCGCCGCCUCCUUUUCCCGGUGAGCUGAGCAGCAGAGAAUGAGACAACUUCAAGGGCACGGGAGGAGAGAGCGGCUCGCACUUCUUCCUCCGCGAGCUGCUGCUGCUGCUUCUCCUGCUGCUGCUGCGCUUUCUUUGAUCGCAGAGGGCGGGUGCAAGUGCGAGUGCUAGUGGUUGUGUGUGUGUGUUUGUGUAUGUGUGAGUGUGUGUGAGAGUGCCUGUGUGUGCGAGCGUGUGUGUGAGUGUGUGUGCGUGCGCGCGCGCUCGCGUGUGUAUUUCCUCUCCUCCAGCACACAGGGAUUUGCCGCUGCCGCUGCCGCCGCCGCCGCGGUUCGCCUCUGCCGCUGCUGCUCUAGCCCGCUGUGCAUGGGAGUCUUCCUGGGGUGUCUGGGCUUUGUGUUUCCCCAACAAACAUGAUCAAGGCUAUCUCUUCCUGAUCGGGAUCUAUUUAAAGGAGGGAGCGAGGCGUGUUUCCUACUAGCGCGGAGAAACGCACCCUGGAAGGAAAAAAAAAAGCAAUCACACCCCCCCCACAAAAGCAGGUUGGGACAGCUGGAAAUUUGUCCAAGCAGCAACCAUGAUGAAAUUAAGUCAUUCACAGACCCUUCCACUGGGAUAUUUAUUAAGCACUGUGGCUCUCUUGCUUUUCCACCUGGACAAAAUAAGUGCUGAGGCUGAAGGUGAAGGAACUGGAAAUGAUACAAAUGAAUGUACUGGCUCUUAUUAUUGUAAGAAAGGUGUGAUUUUGCCCAUAUGGGAGCCCCAAGAUCCUUCCUUUGGAGAUAAAAUUGCUAGAGCUACUGUGUAUUUCGUGGCAAUGGUCUACAUGUUCCUGGGGGUAUCUAUCAUUGCUGAUCGAUUCAUGUCCUCAAUAGAAGUCAUCACAUCCCAAGAAAAAGAAAUAACCAUAAAAAAACCCAAUGGAGAGACCACCAAGACCACAGUGAGGAUUUGGAAUGAGACAGUUUCCAACCUAACAUUGAUGGCUUUGGGCUCCUCAGCUCCUGAGAUCCUUCUUUCUGUGAUUGAAGUUUGUGGCCAUAACUUUACAGCGGGAGAUCUUGGCCCCAGCACCAUUGUUGGAAGUGCUGCAUUCAAUAUGUUCAUUAUCAUAGCUCUCUGUGUCUAUGUGGUUCCUGAUGGAGAGACAAGGAAGAUUAAACAUUUGCGAGUGUUCUUCGUGACUGCAGCAUGGAGCAUCUUUGCCUAUACCUGGCUCUAUAUGAUUCUGUCUGUCAUAUCACCAGGAGUUGUAGAAGUCUGGGAAGGCUUGCUUACUUUCUUCUUCUUCCCUAUCUGCGUUGUGUUUGCUUGGGUUGCAGACAGAAGGCUUCUGUUUUACAAAUAUGUCUAUAAGAGGUAUCGAGCUGGCAAGCAAAGGGGAAUGAUCAUUGAACAUGAAGGAGACAGACCCUCUUCCAAAGCUGAAAUUGAAAUGGAUGGGAAAGUGGUCAACUCUCAUGUGGAUAAUUUCUUGGAUGGAGCUCUUGUUCUGGAAGUUGAUGAGAGAGACCAAGAUGAUGAAGAAGCUAGGAGAGAAAUGGCCAGGAUCCUGAAGGAGUUGAAACAGAAACACCCAGAAAAGGAAAUUGAGCAGUUAAUAGAAUUAGCCAACUACCAAGUCCUAAGUCAACAGCAGAAGAGUCGUGCAUUCUAUCGUAUCCAGGCUACCCGUCUAAUGACUGGAGCUGGCAAUAUUUUAAAGAGACAUGCUGCAGACCAGGCCAGAAAAGCUGUCAGCAUGCAUGAAGUCAAUACUGAAGUGGCAGAAAAUGACCCAGUCAGUAAGAUCUACUUUGAGCAGGGGACUUAUCAGUGUCUUGAGAACUGUGGCACAGUGGCCCUCACCAUUAUCCGCAGAGGUGGUGAUUUGACCAAUACUGUUUUUGUUGACUUCCGAACAGAAGAUGGCACAGCUAAUGCGGGCUCUGAUUAUGAAUUUACUGAAGGUACUGUGGUCUUCAAACCUGGAGAGACUCAAAAGGAAAUCCGUGUUGGCAUCAUUGAUGAUGAUAUUUUUGAAGAAGAUGAGAACUUCCUCGUGCACCUCAGCAAUGUCAAAGUGACAUCAGAGGCAUCAGAAGAUGGAAUCCUGGAGGCCAAUCACAUUGCAACCCUUGCUUGCCUGGGCUCUCCUUCUACUGCCACUGUCACUAUUUUUGAUGAUGACCAUGCAGGCAUCUUUACCUUUGAGGAACCUGUGACACAUGUGAGUGAGAGUAUUGGCAUCAUGGAGGUCAAAGUGUUAAGAACAUCUGGAGCAAGAGGAAAUGUUAUCGUUCCCUACAAAACAAUUGAAGGGUCUGCUCGUGGUGGAGGAGAGGACUUUGAGGAUACUUGUGGAGAGCUGGAAUUCCAGAAUGAUGAAAUUGUCAAAACAAUAUCAGUCAAGGUAAUUGAUGAUGAGGAAUAUGAGAAAAACAAGACCUUCUUCCUUGAGAUUGGAGAGCCCCGACUGGUGGAGAUGAGUGAGAAGAAAGCCCUGUUGUUGAAUGAGCUUGGUGGCUUCACUAUAACAGGGAAAUCCCGUUACGGCCAACCUGUCUUCAGGAAAGUCCAUGCUAGAGAGCAUCCAAUUCCCUCUACUGUAAUCAACAUUGCAGAGGAAUGUGAUGACAAGCAACCCCUGACCAGCAAAGAGGAAGAGGAACGUCGCAUUGCAGAAAUGGGGCGCCCGAUCCUUGGAGAACAUACCAAACUGGAAGUCAUCAUUGAAGAGUCCUAUGAGUUCAAGAGUACUGUGGACAAACUUAUUAAGAAGACGAACCUAGCUCUUGUGGUUGGGACUAACAGCUGGAGAGAACAGUUCAUUGAAGCUAUCACUGUCAGUGCCGGGGAAGAUGAUGACGAUGAUGAAUGCGGAGAAGAGAAGCUGCCCUCUUGCUUUGAUUACGUGAUGCACUUCCUCACUGUGUUCUGGAAGGUUCUCUUUGCCUUUGUCCCACCCACAGAAUACUGGAAUGGCUGGGCAUGCUUCAUCGUGUCCAUCCUCAUGAUCGGCCUCCUGACAGCUUUCAUCGGAGACCUGGCAUCUCACUUUGGCUGCACCAUUGGCCUGAAGGAUUCGGUGACAGCGGUGGUAUUUGUUGCCCUAGGGACUUCGGUGCCAGACACAUUCGCAAGCAAAGUGGCAGCCACACAGGACCAAUAUGCAGAUGCCUCCAUCGGCAAUGUCACCGGCAGCAAUGCAGUGAAUGUAUUUCUGGGAAUUGGUGUGGCCUGGUCCAUUGCUGCCAUCUACCAUGCAGCAAACGGAAAAGAAUUUGAAGUCUCCCCUGGCACACUAGCAUUUUCGGUCACUCUCUUCACUAUUUUUGCUUUCAUCAAUGUUGGGGUACUGCUGUAUCGACGAAGACCAGAAAUUGGAGGUGAGCUGGGUGGGCCCCGGACUGCCAAGCUCCUCACUUCCUCACUUUUUGUCCUCCUGUGGCUCUUGUACAUUUUCUUCUCUUCCCUGGAGGCCUACUGCCACAUAAAAGGCUUCUAAAGGAACAAUCAGAUAUAGUAAAUUUAUAUAUAUAAAUAUAUAUAAAGAUAUAUGUAUAACGAACAGAGGAAACUGACAUUUGUCAUGUCCACUUACCUGCUGAUGGAAUACAGUUUCAAGAGCAUACUUUGUACUAGGGCAGAAGUAAGAAAACAACAGAAUUCUUAUCUCAAGGGGCGCCAACGUGUUGAACAAGGCAUGGAUGCAGGGCCAUCUUUGCAACUCUACCUAGAAGGGUGUACUCUUGAGAUUGAUAGACUACUUUUUGGUUUUUUUUUGUUUGUUUUUUUUUGUUUUUUAAAAUGACUGAUCUAAGUGCAACAUGGGCUUUCAGUUAUCAAUUAAAAUCAACCAGAUUAUUUUUAUUAAUUCAGCAUCUGGGCAAACGAGGGAUAUGGAAGAGAAAAAGGGCAGGGGGGAUUUCAUUACUUUAAUACAAAACACCAUGCUUAUCUUCAGAACUUAUGCAGAGGCGAAUCUGUUUCCAGGAGGAAGCAUGUGAGUAUGUACUAAAGGAGGACAGGUAAAGGAUUCUGGGUUCAGAUUAUGUCCUAGCCACCCAACAGGGAGGCACUGCCAUCCUCAUAUUAAUAGCCCAUUCUUACUCAGCAAUUAAAAGGAUAACCUUUUAUGGUUCUCAAGAAAAAAUAAUAACCAUUUGGUCCUUCUCGCUUAACUUCUUAGCCUGACUACCAUUAAAAUAGCCCUUUCCACCACCCAGUGCCCCUAGCUCCCUCCUCCAGUGUCCUUCCCCCACCAAAAUCAUAAUGAUUGUUAUUGUUAUGGCAUUCCAAGAGCACACCAUUCUUUUCCAUUUGCAUAUCACAAGCCUCCAUCCAAAUCAUCUGUCCUUCAACAGUUUCUUUGUGGCCCUCACAAGGACUGUCUUGUCAGUUUUAUUUUUGGCAACACCCAUGCCCUACACAAUCUCAGUACAGUCUUUUAUGAACAUUUCCUUCUUCUUCACGCUCCUGUUAGGGAAUGUUGUUCUGAUACUUUUUACACUGUGCAUGGAUUGAAAAAUGAAGAAAAAAAGAAAAAAAAGAAAAAAUCUGUAUAUAAGAUAGUAUAACAAAAACCAUUAUCCCAUUCAGCAAUGUUGAUCGAACAUUGAAGACAUGAAUGAGAGGUUUCUUUUUUUUCACCUAAUUUGUUUUUAUUUUGUGAUUGGGUUUGAUUACUUUGGGGUAAGGGUAGAAUUUUUUUUUCUUUCAUGGAUCUGCACAUCAAUUUCUAAGAAGCAAUAAUUGACUGGGAAGUUAUAGAUAUUUUGGGGAAGCCACCAAGCAAAUCUCAACGCAUAUAUAGAUCAUCAUCAGUCUGUAUGGAACUCAGAACCAAAGCACGUAAAAAAAUCACCAAAUGACUUUGAUGAGAGAGGAAAUAUAUAGAUCAACAAGUGAGUAAGGUGGGCCUAGGCUUUGAAAGCAUAUGUUUUUUCCAACAGUAUUUAUUUUACAUUCUUUCUGUCUGGCACAGAUGGCAGAUAAUUCUGAGGGGAGGGGGCAAGUUCUGUUUGGAGUUUAGUUUGGGCUUUGGAGGGAUUUUUAAUCUUUUUUGAAAGGCUAGGUUAAGCUCUGUUUUCCUUACCAUGUAUACUGCUCUGUACCUACAGUCCUUGGUCAGUCAGUAAGGUAAGAGUGACCAGGGAGCUUUUUAAAGGGUAUUUCCUUUAUAUCUCACUUAAGACCCAAAUUACUCAGUAAGAAGUUGAGAGGUUUUAGCCCUUUAAGUGGAAUAAUUCUUUUAGUUUCAAAGAACCUAGGGAAGAAAGUGAUAUUAGCAUGAUGAGUGCCUGACCUUGGCUAUGCAUCAUUGAUGGUUUUACAUAAAACCCUAGGCCUAGGAAAUUACUGACCGUUAGUCCCAAAGUAUUAAGAUAAUAAACGCUGGAUGUAUAUCUGUUAAACUUUUCCACCUUCAUCCUCACUUCAUUGUUCUUGUCAAAAUAAUGUAAAAAUUAAAGUAAAAAAAACCCUCACGGAGACAGUUCUACCUUAAGGUCACCCAGGUGACCUCAUCUAGGAGAAAAGGAAGAAAAAGGAAGGAAAUAAAGGAAGAAAAAAUCAUGGCCCAAAUUAAAGGAACAAGAAUUCAACCUAGUCAAAAAAAGGUCAAGAGCAAUUCUUUACAAACUAUGCCUCCUUUUCUGGCUUGAAAUGGACACAUGAGUUUAAAAUAACACCUUAUUUAUACCUUGCUGAAUCUGGCAAUCAAUCUGUCAGUUAACAAGCAUUUAUUAUACACUUACUAUGUGCCAGGCACUUAAACCAAGUAUAUGACAGGAUAGUAUGCAAGUGUAGAUUCAUGUUGGAGAUUCAAAGUAAUGAGAUGAUCUAGUUUCUGGUUUUUAUGGACGGGUCCAGGCUGCAGUCUUCCCUGCACCCUUCUGUCCUUAUCAAUCAGAGACCUAUUCCUGGUACAUGACAAUCAGCAGGAAACUCAAAGGCAGCUGCCUAAAUACAAAGCUAAAAUAGAAACUGUCAACUAAUGAUAAUCCAUAUAUGUGAGUUGUGUAGUCAGUCAAAGAUUCUUUGCACACCUUUUUAGCCAUAUUUGGAAUGAUCACAUCCCCAUAAAGGAUUUUCACAGAAAAAAAAAUAUAAUGAAAUCUUUGUCAAUUUCACUUUCAAAGAGGUGAAGUGUUUUGUUUUGGGGUUUUCUGGGUAUUUUGUUGGGUGUUUUUUUUUUCUUUUUUGUUUCAGUAGGGAAAACAUCCACACUAGAAUCUGGUUGUUCAGGGUUCUUAUUAAUUAUUAUUAUUAUUAUUAUAUAUGUGUAAAGUUAUUUCAUUUAGUUUGUUUGAUUCUUUCAUUUUGUGUGUAUUGUGCACAGAUUCAGGAAGAGAAUGUUCUUCCUUAUAAAUGGUACACAUCAUUGACACAGACAAAUAAAGUUUCUAAUUGUUUCUGAUUUAA